UUCUAAUGUGAUUUCUUUAAUCUCCUUUUGUAGAAUUAGUAUUCCAAACUACGUAGAAAGACGUUCCAAGUUUGCUUUUUGCAUUGAGCUUGGCACAGACGCGAAGGACCGCAUCCCAUCUUACGCUGAAAAACUUACUGCUAACUGCCAAAAAAAGUGUUAGGAGACACUGCUGCACUGAGGAAGUGUUUAAGAGAAAUAAGUCUGUAAAAAUCUGAGGAGAAGAAAGCAAAACAUUCAUCCAGGCACAGGCUUGCCCCCCUUACAAACAUAGCCCAUUCUCGGGCUUCUCUCCCACGUGAUAGCCAUGGAGUAGCUGUUAGCUGCUACUUAAAUCCAAGAGAAGCGUGGGAUUUAGAUUCAGUAACUUGACCACUAGGAAAGAAGAGCGAAGACUACAUGUUCCAAGAUUUCCAACCACGUGUAUGUAAACCAGAGCAAGACUGCCUGAGGGUAUGUGAAGCAGUAGAAAGCCUUUCCUAGGCUUAAGGAACUUUGGAACAUACAGAAAAGUCACAUCCAUCCUUUCUUUUCUGUUUAACGUACAGGAUGUGUUGGUGUUAUCCCAACACAUCCUGUCAGUGCUUUUCCCGCCCCUGGCGCUCGUGUGAAGCACCUGGUUAUUUUACCUACAGCUUGCACUGAGGGUAUCUUGACUGAAGGCUCACAGAAUUUGCAGCUCUAAGGACUGAGAGAAUCUCCUCAGCAUUUUUUAUGGUGUAGGCAUGGAUGUUUCUCCUGUCCUGUCCAGUUUCUUGAACUUGAUAAAGUCUGAAGACUUCAGUAAAUCAAAAAUAGUGUAGAAGUAAGUAUCACCAUGAAAGCUGAGAUAAAAUAUUCUUGCCCUCUCCAUCCCCAUAAGUACAGAGCACAGAGUACUAGAACUUGAGGAGAAAUACGAAUGGAGAAAAACUAAGUUCUUCACCUCUGUAAGCUUUCACUGUCUCAUCCCACAAAGACAGCUAUUUUAUGUCACCUUUAAGGAGCGCUGUAAAGUCUCUGUGAGAGGUUAAUCUUCGCAGCUCCCCUCCCCGUGAUUAAUCUCGUUUUGGGGCGGGAUGGCACGAGUAGAGGCAGAGGCUGAAAGGAGAGGGCUGGGGCGACGAACUCGGUGCUGGGUGUGCGAGAGAAAACGCAGCAUCCCUGUGAACCUGCCAUGCCGUUCCCGGCGCCGGAGGCUGCAGAAGCAGAGCUGACCAGGAUUAGAAAGCGCUGGGUCCCAGGAACAUUUUUUCUCUGAAAACAUUGCUGCUAAAAAGCUCCAAACAGGAGAAGUAAAUCCAGUCAGCUUGUCAGGUCACUGGCUCAGUGUAAAAGUGCUUUCAUGAGGUAACGUUGGGCCAAAGUCAACUUUUCUUUCUCCUUUGUAAAUCUGCAGCCAAGCAAUGGGCCAGAAAAUCUCAGGGAGCAUAAAGUCUGUGGAUGUGAGGGAGCCCCCUUAUAGACCUGUUAAACGAGAGCUGAGAGGCCCGGAUUUUUGCAAGCCCGCCCGGCUGGACAUGUUGUUGGACAUGCCCCCUGCCAAGCUGGAGGUCCAAUAUAAACAUGCUUGGAACAAUGAAGAUCGCUCUUUAAAUAUAUUUGUAAAGGAAGACGAUAAACUGACUUUUCACAGACACCCAGUUGCCCAAAGCACAGAUUGCAUCCGGGGCAAAGUCGGCUACACGAGAGGCCUCCACGUCUGGCAAAUCCACUGGCCCACGAGGCAACGGGGAACUCACGCUGUGGUGGGCGUCUCCACAGCCGAAGCUCCGCUGCACUCGGUGGGGUACACGUCAUUGGUUGGUAGCAAUAGCGAAUCGUGGGGCUGGGAUUUGGGACGCAACAAACUCUAUCACAAUUGUAAAAACCAGCCUGGGGUCACGUAUCCAGUCUUUUUGGAACCAGACGAGUCUUUUGUACUCCCAGACUCCUUACUGGUGGUGUUGGAUAUGGAUGAAGGGACGCUCAGCUUCAUGGUAGAUGGACAGUAUCUUGGAGUGGCCUUCAGAGGACUAAAAGGGAAAAAACUUUACCCCAUAGUCAGUGCAGUUUGGGGGCACUGUGAAAUUACAAUGAGAUACAUCAAUGGACUUGACCCGGAACCCCUGCCUUUAAUGGACUUGUGCCGAAGAUCAAUUCGUUUUGCUCUUGGCAGAGACCGCCUGCAUGACAUAGAAAUUCUACCUUUGCCUCUGUCUCUGAAAAAUUAUUUACAAUAUCAGUAAGAUGUCUAGAACCCUCUGGCCUCACAUUGGACUACAUCAAUGCAAAUGGCAGAAAAUUGUUUACAGCAAAAUAUAAAUCUUCGUGAUGGACACUCAAGUGUUAUUUAAUUUUUAAUAUAUAUUUUUUCUGAAUCAGUGAAAGCAGAUCACUGUGGGGGACUACUAAAGAAUGUGAAAACAUUGAUUUGAUCAAGAUUCAUGUAUUAUCUGUUGCCUGUUAUGUUUACAGUCAUGAAAGCCAUUAUCUUCAGCUGUCAUGUAUUGUUUUUUCAUUGAUGCCUCUGAGAAAUGCCAAGAGAAAAUCUGACCUGCAAGGUCUCCUGUCAUGCAGAACAGAGCAUUCUUCAAUAAUAUAUAUUUUUUUUCUUUGUCUCUCCUAAACCCCACCCCAAUAGAUAUAAUAAGUUAGCAAAGGAAAAAUCUCAAUAAUAACUUUUGGAAAAUGCUUAAAUCUGACCUUAAAUCCCCAGAGCUGUGAAGAGCUUUGAGUGCUCUGCAAUCAAUAUAAUCAGGCCUAUAAUAUCUAAAAGUUCUGACAUUCAAAAAAAAAAUCUAGGCAGAUUGUCUAGAAGAGUUUGCAAUUUAAAAACAUGAGAGGAAAAACUGGUAUAUGUGUCUGAAAGAUCAACUUUUGGACAUGGUAAGUGAAGUGCAGUCUAUUGUUUUCAAAACCAAAUCUAGUCCCUCCAAAGUUUUGCAGUUUAUAACAAAGUGCUCACUAGCCCAAGAAUUUAGGAUAUUUGUAUUUUAGAAAGCUUGUCACUUUUUUAUUUGAAUAAAUUUAUAAUUUUUAUGUGGUAUGAACUCUAAAUACUUGGUUCUCUUUUUAAUGUAUGUGUGGCUAUAAUGUUUAUUUAUCUGUUUAGAGUCUGUGGAGUUCUCAUUUAACUGUUACCCAUCUCGGGGUUACUGAUUUUGUUGUUUUUUCCCCAUCUCCACCCGAAAUGUAUUAAUUUUUCAGGCUCAUCCUGUUUUUAAGAUGCUGCUUUCUUACUUGCAUUUCUUACAUGUUUCAAGUUAUCUGCCCAAUCAGUUAUCUAGUUUUUAAACUGGAAGUUGUUGUUAUGGCAGGAUGUCAAAUGUUUAGACUGAGCUGCCUUCAGCAUAUUUUAAUGUGAAUUUACUGAUGAAUGAGGAGAAAAUUUCUAAUAAAGUCUACUGUCCAAAAUAAAA